CUUUCAGCUUUGAAUUUUAUUGACUGGGACACUAAAAUUGAUGUAUACCUGAGGAAAAGAUGUGAUGUGCUAAUGCAUCCAGUGAACUUUUUGAAAAUGCCAUAUUACUGCUUCUGGGGAAAACCUGUAUUUUAUUCUACUGCAAGGCAAGAACAAUUCAGGCUUUACAGCGACUCAGACUCAGCUCCAACUUCUGCGUUCCGAAGCAAGGAUGGCUGAUACGGAAAGAGUGCUUCAUUCUGGAAGGAAACAAUGUUCCAGGUCAAACUGAGCCUGCCAAACAGAGACCCUCACAAUGGUUCUAGAAGAAAUCGAGACAAGUCUUAUCAUGUGGUUUUCCUACGCCUUGAUUCCUUGUUUGCUCGUGGAUGGAGUGACUGUUCUGCCUGCCCCUCAGAACCUCUCUGUACAAUCAACCAACAUGAAGCAUGUCUUGACAUGGAGCCCAGUGAUUGUGCCUGAAGAAAUAAUACACUAUUCUGUCGAGUACCAAGGAGAGUAUGAGAGCCUGUACAUGAGCCACAUCUGGAUCCCCAGCAGCUGGUGCUCGCCCACCCAAGAGCCCGAGUGUGACAUCACUGAUGACAUCACCGCCACUGUACCAUACAGCCUCCGGGUCAGGGCCACCCUGGGUUCACUGACCUCAGCCUGGAGCACCCUGAAGCACCCCUUUAAUCGAAACUCAACCAUCCUCACCCCACCUGGGAUGGAGAUCACCAAGGAUGGCUUCCACCUGGUUAUUAAGCUGGAAGACCUGGGGCCACAGUUUGAGUUCUUCGUGGCCUACUGGAAGAGGGAGCCUGGUGCCAAGGAACACGUCAAGAUGGUGAGGCGCGGGGGCAUUCCGGUGCACCUGGAAACCAUGGAGCCAGGGGCUGCACACUGCGUGAAGGUCCGGACGUUCGUGAAGGCCAUUGGGAGGCACAGUGCCUUCAGCCAGACAGAAUGUGUCAAGGUGCAAGGAGAGACCCUGCCGCUGGCACUGGCUCUGUUCUCAUUUGUGGGCUUCAUGCUGAUCCUCGUGGUUGUGCCGCUCUCCAUCUGGAAAAUGGGCCGGCUGCUCCAGCACUCCUGUUGCCCCGUGGUGAUGCUCCCCGACACCUUGAAAAUAACCAGUUCACCCCAGAAGCUAAUCAGCUGCAGAAGGGAAGAGGUAGAAGCCUGUGUGGUGGCCGGGCUGUCUUCUGAGGAGCUCCUCAGGGCCUGGAUCUAGCAGAUGAAGUCUAGAAACCUGGUCUGCAGGACACGGGACGGUGAGGGGAAGGGCCGUGCUUCGGCUUUCCUCCAAGGACAAAGGACAAGAGAAGAAGAGCCUGCUGUGUCUGUGUUAGAAGCAACUGUCAGAGGUAGAGUGGUGUGGCCGAUGGAGCACUGAGAGGGGGUCAGGGGAUGCGACCUCCCCACUGGAUCUCUCUGCUGUCCUCUAGGGGGAUGACCCUGUGGAAGGUGCUUUGUCUCUCAGUUUUCUCAACUAUACAAUGAGGGGAUUAAGUACCCAACCAUUAAACCAUAUGUAUAUAUAUCCACAUCAUCUCUCCACCACUUGCAGAGCUGUAGGGAAAUUGACAACACUGUGCAUUGGGAUUGGUUCUGCUUUUCUGAAGAGCAGUAGAUAACACGUGUAACAGGAAUAAUCCCAAGCGCUAUACACCUGCUGACUUGGAGAUCCUGCUUUGCUAGAGGAACCUUGAAGAGGAAAGGAAGGGUGGGUGCAAUGGGGUUGAUUUCACUUCAAGCCAAAUGCCUGCUCAGAGGUGACUGAAUGGCUCAGCCAGCUCUCCAAACCAUGACCCGGAGGGAGGCCACAGCCCCCUGAAAAUGAGCUGCGCACUGAUGCUGCAGACACGUGAAAUGCUGUACAGGGUAGAUAGUGUGUGCACACUGAGGACAGCAGCUAAAAUGCAUGUGCAUGAUGAGAUGAGACCGCAGAAGGAUGUUGAUCAUAAGUGCGAUGUUUGCUGUGUUCCUUUUUCCUGUACUGUUGUUAUAGUACUGAAUGAAAAAUAAAAAGGUGUCACAUUGGGUAA